CUUCAGUCUCCCUGUGUCUGCGCGAGAGUGAGUCCCCGCCAACCCGAGUGGACGGAACGCAGUUAUUUUGAAAAUACAGAAUGACGUCUAGAAACUGGCGAUGCACUGUAUCAGCACUUGUUCUGUUGAUAUCUUGUACUAUCAACGUUAACGGGCAAGAUAGCAGCACGCUCGAACAGAUACAGGAUGAACUGAACACCAUUCAGACAACAUUGGACAGACUUGAGAACCUUGUCAUUCCAACUACAACAGCAGCAGGAACCACGAUGGGAACAGCGCAGUCAACGGUCCAGUCCUCCACUCCCUCAGGGACUUCUGAAGGCACUGCUGAGUCUACAACUAUACAACCAUCGACUGCUGAGCCAACGACCCCAAAGCCGACAACCGCUGAGCCAACGACCCCAAAGCCGACACCCACUGAGCCAACGACCCCAAAGCCGACACCCACUGAGCCCACGACCCCAAAGCCGACACCCACUGAACCAACGACCCCAAAACCGACAACUGCUGAACCAACGACCCCAAAGCCGACACCCACUGAACCAACGACCCCAAAGCCGACAACCGCUGAGCCAACGACCCAAAAGCCGACACCCACUGAGCCAACGACCCCAAAGCCGACACCCACUGAGCCAACGACCCCAAAACCGACAACUGCUGAACCAACGACCCCAAAGCCGACAACUGCUGAACCAACGACCCCAAGACCAACAACUGCCGAACCAACGACCCCAAAACCGACAACUGCUGAACCAACGACCCCAAAACCGACAACUGCUGAACCAACGACCCCAAAGCCAACAACCGCUGAGCCAACGACCCCAAAGCCAACAACCGCUGAGCCAACGACCCCAAAGCCAACAACCGCUGAGCCAACGACCCCAAAGCCAACAACCGCUGAGCCAACGACCCCAAAGCCGACAACCGCUGAGCCAACGACCCCAAAGCCGACAACUGCUGAACCAACGACCCCAAAGCCAACAACCGCUGAACCAACGACCCCAAAGCCGACAACCGCUGAGCCAACGACCCCAAAGCCAACAACCGCUGAACCAACGACCCCAAAGCCAACAACCGCUGAGCCAACGACCCCAAAACCGACAACUGCUGAACCAACGACCCCAAAGCCGACAACCGCUGAGCCAACGACCCCAAAGCCGACAACCGCUGAGACAACGACCCCAAGACCAACAACUGCUGAACCAACGACCCCAAAGCCGACAACCGCUGAGCCAACGACCCCAAAACCGACAACCGCUGAGCCAACGACCCCAAAGCCAACAACCGCUAAGCCAACGACCCCAAAACCGACAACUGCCGAACCAACGACCCCAAAACCGACAACUGCUGAACCAACGACCCCAAAACCGACAACUGCUGAGCCAACGACCCCAAAACCGACAACCGCUGAGCCAACGACCCCAAAGCCGACAACUGCUGAACCAACGACCCCAAAGCCGACAACCGCUGAACCAACGACCCCAAAACCGACAACCGCUGAGCCAACGACCCCAAAGCCAACAACCGCUGAGCCAACGACCCCAAAGCCAACAACUGCAGAGCCUACAACUCAAAAAGCCUCUGGUCGAUUCCUGCACUACAGAGGGAGACACGUUCUAUCACUGAGAGAGGAAGACGCAGGAUCAACUACAAUUGCUUCAUCAAUCCAGUCAUCAUCAGAUCCAGCCUCCUCCAGUCCUCCACCCUCAACCUCAUCCAGUGACCCAACCCCAACUUUGUGCACCAAGAACGAGACAGCUGGUGAGGAUGACCUCUGCAUGCGCUUCAUCCAAGUUCUAGAUGAUAUUGAAAAAGUUACGGAAGAGAUUGAAAAUGGAUCAACUGGUGAGGAGCAGCUGGAAACUCUCAAGAACUGCUCGGCAAGGCUUGAGCAAGUGGUCCAAGAAGCGGAAACUGACCCAGAGUUCCUCGAGAGUAUCAAUAAGGAGCAAUUUGAAGAGAGGAAAUCAGAUUUGGACAAGUCCGUCGACAACGCCGAAAAAGUCGUCGAGGAAAAGCUGAACCCAGAUGACCCAUAUGAUCCUACCGUCGCUAUCGUCCUGGGUGUCCUGGGAGGCCUCAUCGUCGUCGCUCUGGCUGGCUACGGAGGAUUCGUGUUCUACAAGAAGAAGAAAGAGGAUAAAGACAGGAAAACUGGUUAUGAAAACGCGAACUUCGAAAACGACAACCAAGCUGGGAGCCCUUGAGUGUGAGACAUUGGUGUUUUGCGAGAUCUGAAUGGCCUCUGUUGACGAUAUUGUUUGUUAAAAUUAUUAUUUUUCAUAAUAAACUGUUUUGUAAGGUCAUUCCAUGAAGGUAUCAGACGCAACACACACACACACACACACACACACACACACACACACACACACACACACACACACACACACACACACACACACACACACACGAUAACCACCAUUAAAAUACCUACAAACAAAUGCAUAUGUAUAAGAAUUCAAAUGAAGAUAUACUUAAUGUGAUAGAUUCUCCUAAGUAAUGCAUGACAAAACUCAUUGUAGCAUUGUAAAAUGAUUAUGUAUCCAUGUGGAUCAUGGAUUAUAUGUAUUUAUGCCUUUACACAUCAAGAAAUAUUAAUAAAAAAAAGUUAAAUUA